AUCAUUCUUUUAAUUGGAGGUUGUGGCUGCACAAAAUCAGUCCGAUGGCCACAAAUGGCCCCAGGACCACACUUUGGACACCCCUACUUUACAGCAUGCCUGUCUUCCUUUCACUCUUGCAACUUUGGGUCAGAAAAAGCAUCCAGACUGAUUCCUGCAUUUGGAAAGAUUUUAACAUCCCAGACAAAGUCCUGAUGAGUUUUAUUUUGAAAAUCCUUGGAGGAAGUGACCCUGUUGCUGUCUUUCUUGACUUCUCAGUGAAGAAAGCAUCUUUCUGCAGAAGACUUCAGAGCUGCAGGAGAAGAAAAUGAGGAAACUUUCACAGCCAAUGACCUGAAUCACUGUAAGCAAGGAUGUCCUGGCCGGCUCUGUACGCUCAGCUGGUCGGCACCAACCGGUACUCCACCUCCCUGGGGAAAGUGUGGCUCUCUGUGCUGUUUAUUUUCAGAGUCAUGGUUCUGGUUGUGGCCGCUGAGAGCGUCUGGGGCGACGAGCAGUCCGAUUUCACCUGCAACACCCUACAGCCUGGCUGUGAGAACGUCUGUUAUGAUCAGUUCUUCCCAGUGUCCCACAUCCGGCUCUGGAGUCUCCAGCUGGUCUUUGUGUCCACACCAACCCUCUUGGUCUCCAUGUAUGUGUCCUACCGCAACCACUGCGACAAGAGACGACUCCUUCAGAGUUCUGGACGGGCAAGCAUACUCCACAAUAAGGGCCAAGAAGAAGAGCUGGAGACUCUGAAGAAGAGGAGACUCCCAAUAGCUGGCGCCCUCUGGUGGACAUACUUCUGCAGCCUGGUGUUUAAAAUGAUGUUUGAAGGUGGAUUCAUGUACGCCCUGUAUGUUGUGUACGACGGUUUCCAGAUGCCACGCCUGGUGCAGUGUGAUCAGUGGCCGUGCCCCAACCUGGUGGACUGCUUCGUCUCACGGCCCACGGAGAAAACCGUCUUCAUCGUUUUCAUGGCUACUGCCUCUUCGGUCUGCAUGCUUCUUAAUUUGGCUGAACUUGCAUAUCUGGUUGCCAAGGCUCUCAACAGGUAGAAUGAGACGACCAGGUGAUUCAUCAGAUUUAAGAGGCUAGAAAAUCAAGGAAAGAAUGGGUGACUGGAGCUUUCUAGGGCGACUGUUGGAGAAUGCUCAAGAACACUCCAC